AUGCCAAAAUCCCGCCUUUUGAACGAGGAGGGCGUGGAGAAGGUGCGGAAGCUUAUGGUCAGGGCUGGCCAGCGGGGAGCAUCGGUGGUGACGCCGGCCACCCAUCCACCCACCCCGCGUGGGCCCGGGCAGAUCGUCAUCUUUGCCUCCUUCGUGGCUGCCAGUCUGGUGCCGCCGUUUUCAACGUUCUUCAUGCAAGUGCUGGACACUUACGUCGUCCAGUUGGCCCACCUGAGCCCGAAUUCGGUGGUGAUCCUGGCGGUCUUCGCCCACCUCUGCGAGAUGUUCAUAGGGGUGUCGUCAUCUAUGGCGCUCUUUCGGCACUUCUUCAUCCUCCGAGCGGCCGGGAAGAAGAAGGGGUCGGACGAUGUGGAGGUUGUGGGCUGCUGCAAUUUCCUCCUACGAGAGGGUGCCGGCGACACCUACAUCCAGCAGUCCUCAAUUGAACUUUUCAAGCGCUGCGUCCACCAAUCCUGCAUUCCCGCGGAGCACCGCACGGCCCUGAUCCAGCCCGUCGAUGUGGAGAAUUUCCUCUCUGUAGAUUGCUACCCGACCUUGAGAUCUAAGAACGGGGGCUCCAAUUUGGGGCUGAAUCUGGAGGCUUACGCCAGGGAUCCCACCUCUGUGGCUGGGGGUAACGCUGUGAGGAAGGCUGUGGAGCUGAAAUCAGCUUCCAAGCGGGGUAAGGACGUGCUUGCCCUCGCCGGCAUUGGGGGCGAUGGGUCUGAUGGGAGAGGAAGUGGUGAUCCGGCAUUGCUGGAUGAGGAAUUGGCGUUGCAGCUGCAUCUGGCAAUGAAUCGAUCACAGAGGAUUUCACGUUCAGGGAACUCGUCUGGUGGUGGCUCCACCGAGCAGGACAAGGGGAAGAAAGAUGUGGUUGGUGGAAGGAAGGGUAAUGGCGCUCAGGAUAUUUGUGAAACCAAUAUGAUGGCUCAGCUUGAUGAUGAAGCAAAACCGGGUUGCAAUAUGGUUUCAAAGGGUUUUUUUAGGAGAUUUGAUCCCUCAGUCACCGUGGUUCUUGCUCUUAAUGUGUGA